AGCUUAUCUCUUGACUGGUAACCAGCAUGGAAAGAAAAGUACUCGCAAUGCAGGCAAGGAAGAAGAGGACAAAGCCCAGGAAACCUGGCAAAAAGUAAACCAGAGCCUCAUGGUCGUGGAGGCGGCUCUCAGCCGGGUCAGAUGGACUCUCCCCUCCCAGAGCAGGAUGAAGAGAUCCUGGGCUCUGAUGACGACGAGCAGGAGGACCCCAAUGACUACUGCAAGGGUGGAUAUCACCACGUGAAAAUUGGAGAUCUGUUCAACGGGAGAUACCAUGUGAUCCGUAAGCUGGGCUGGGGCCACUUUUCCACUGUGUGGUUGGCCUGGGACAUCCAGGAGAAACGCUUUGUGGCCAUGAAGGUUGUAAAAAGUGCUGAGCAUUACACAGAGACGGCUCUGGAUGAGAUCAAGCUGCUCAAAUCUGUGAGAAACACGGAUCCCAGUGACCCCAGCAGAGAGAAAGUGGUGCAGCUUUUAGAUGACUUCAAAAUUUCCGGCAUGAAUGGCACUCAUGUGUGCAUGGUAUUUGAGGUACUGGGAUAUCACCUACUAAAGUGGAUCAUCAAAUCAAAUUAUCAAGGUCUGCCCCUGCCCUGUGUGAAAAGCAUCAUCCGACAGGUCCUGCAGGGUUUGGACUACCUCCACACCAAAUGUAAGAUCAUCCACACAGACAUCAAACCGGAGAACAUCCUGCUGACUGUCAACGAGCCCUACGUCAAGAAAAUGGCUGCCGAAGCUACGCAGUGGCAGAAGACCGGUGCUGCGCCUCCCUCGGGUUCUGCAGUGAGCACAGCUCCACCACCCAAACCAUUGGCCAAAAUGUCAAAGAACAAAAAGAAAAAGAUGAAGAAGAAGCAAAAGAAGCAGGCAGAGCUGCUGGAGAAGAGGAUCCAGGAGAUGGAGGGAGGAGCAACACCUGAAGGAGGUGAGGACGAAGAUGAUGAAGAGACGACGACAGAGACCACUGAGGAUACGACUUCCUCAGCCACCCUUUCCAUGUCUGCCACACUACAAGACAUCGCUAGCCAUACUAUCACAGACACGACUCCUGACGAGCAGCCACAACAGAUGCCAGAAGGAAAUGAACGAAGGCAGGAUGGAGCCGAAGAGGAGAACAGGAUGGAAGUGAACUACAACGGCCACACUUCCACACCGGAGAGCGAGGCCAGCCCGGAGAGCCAGGUACAUGGGACCAAGCAGUCAACCAAGGAGCAGGAGGACCAACAGAACGCAAACCAGCCAGAGAACAACACAGGGAACCACGACACAUUAAGUAAAGAAAAGAAAGAAGAGGAUCAGACCUGUAAUGGUUCACCUGGGGACCCGGACACCGACGUGCAGCAGCUCCCUGCUUCCCUCAGCCCAGACUCUGUCACUGUAGAGCUAAAGGAGGGAGACAGGGAGGAGAAGAAGGAGGAUGAGAUGGACACUCACGGCGAGACCAAAAGAGGGAAUGAAGAAGACGAUAGCCAAAAUGGGGCAUCAGGCAAUAUGUUGGUGAACCCCCUGGAUCCUCUCAAUGCUGACAAGUUGCAGGUUAAGAUCGCUGACCUCGGCAACGCCUGCUGGGUGCAUAAACAUUUCACAGAUGACAUCCAGACAAGGCAGUAUCGUUCACUUGAGGUGCUGAUAGGAGCCGGCUACAGCACGCCAGCAGACAUCUGGAGUACAGCCUGCAUGGCCUUUGAACUUGCAACUGGAGAUUAUCUCUUUGAACCCCACUCUGGAGAAGACUACUCCAGAGAUGAAGAUCACAUAGCCCUGAUCAUCGAGCUGCUAGGUAAAGUUCCUCGGAAGCUGAUCUUGGCAGGCAAAUACUCCAAGGAGUUUUUCUCCAAGAAAGGCGACCUGCGUCACAUCACAAAGCUGAAGCCGUGGGGUCUCUUUGACGUCUUGGUGGAGAAGUACGAGUGGUCCAAAGAGGAGGCCCACUCCUUCAGCAGCUUCCUCCUGCCCAUGCUGGACCUGGUGCCUGAAAGGAGGGCCACAGCGGCCCAAUGCCUCUCCCAUCCAUGGCUCACGUCCUAGAGGCCACCCGUGCACAUGACCACCCCUCACAUUGUGAAAGGGAUAAAUUGGGUUUGAAGAUCCUGGGCUUGAAAAGAUACAGUAAACAAACACAUUCAUGUCUGCAAGAGCCUGUGACUGCAUCGUGCCUGCAUCCACCUGUCAUGGCUGUCUGAGGCUACCUACACACACUUGCAAACAUCUUAACAAUGAAAAGAGAGACUGCUGCUGAGUCUUUGUCCUGUUAUGGACUACACUGGCUAUAGAAGGAACUCGAAGUCUUAUCCUUAUAUUUCUGGCUCUUUUUUUUCUUUUUGUUGCUACUUGCCGCAUAGGGCCUAUUGACUUUGCUUUCCCUUUUUUUUCUUCUGAGUCCAGCUAUUUAUCUGCAGCACAUUAUUCUCCAUACUUCUAUCUAUAGUUAAUGGACUCUGUAUGAUUUAAAAGGAAAUUGCACUUGUCUACAAAUCCAGAAGAAGGCAGGAUUUUAACAGAAACAUAAAGAUUGCCAUCGAAAUUACAUGCUGUUGUCCUUUCAGGCAGUGAUUAUCAUUCGAUCCGUUUGCCAGUCAUCUUGUUAGCCGUGCCAACUUUUAUGCCUUUGGCUGUCAACUGUGUGCAAAGUGCUUAAUAAAUGCAUAAUGCUACCAGGCAUGGAGAGCAACUAGUAACCUUUAUAGCACUGUUAAGUUAGCUUUAUUCUUAAAAACUUUUGUACAUUUGUAUACAGACAGCACUAAAGGAUUAGGGAGCAUAUAUUUCAUACAUCUUAGCUUUGUGCGCCAAGUUUGGAGAGAGACUCAUCCAAAAUCACACCCUGUUGUCUUUUUGGGCUUUUUUUUUCAGUAGAACCAAACAAACUUUUUUUUUUGGUAGUUUGGAAAAAAAAACUGGUACAGUAUGAUGUGAAUAAAAUUUCAGAAUCCUUUACUUCAUGCAGUAGUUGGGAAAAGUAUAUGCGAAUCCACAUUGUGUGUGUACAGUACAGUGUACCAAAGAGCUCUCUCCCUCUCUGCAGCAUUAGCUUUGCACAGUUUCUGGAAGAGACUGUCAGCAGUGAAGACUGAAGGCAGAAGCUGUAAGAUUUAAGUUUUGGGGUUUUUUUUUUUUUGGUUUGUUUGUUGUUUUACACAUUUUAGAAAUGUCUUGAAGAAUGUUCAGGUGAUUUCCAGCUGUGUGAAAGUUUAGUUUCAAGUGUUUCCACCACACAUGGAGGUCUUGGAUUUGAAAAUAAUAGAUUGUACUAAAUAUAGAUGCUGUUAUAAUGUUAUGAAUCCUCUCGAAACCAUUUUGCUUAUUUUUCUACAAAAUCUCUUCUGUCCACGUCUCUGCUCUUCAUUUGGUUGUCAGUUUUUUUUCCUGUAGGAAUAAGAAUAAACAUUUUUCAAAAUUUA